CACCAGAGCUGAACAUCAGCAGAGAUAGCAGCAAGCAGGCACUUCCACGCUGCGCAGGCUAACUCGCUUUCGGCUUUGGUUCGAGAUGGAGACUCAUUGCACAGUGAGGCGUUCCAGCGCCCGCAAAUUUAAGGGUGGACUGUGUCUGUGGCUGAUUCUGUGGCUGGUGGUGGUGAAGCCGAGCGGGGUUUCAGCAUGCCCAAGGCUAUGCGUGUGUUACCCCACGCCGAUGACAGUCAGCUGCCAGUCCCAGAACCUCACCAUAGUUCCGGCUGGUGUGCCAUAUGACUCACAACGUGUUUUUCUGCAGAACAACCGCAUCACAGAGCUGCGCGCAGACUCUUUUGGCUUUGAGACACAGGUGCUUUGGUUGUAUGGCAAUAACAUCACAUGGAUUGAGGCCGGUGCCUUCAGUAACCUCAGGGUGCUGGAGGAGCUGGAUCUGGGUGACAACCCGCUACAGCGCCUGGAAGGUGGAGCCUUCAGGGGCUUGGAGAAGCUGCAGAGCCUUCACAUGCAUCGCUGCAAGCUGGCCACUCUCCCCCAUGACCUCUUCCACAAACUGUACAGCCUGCAGUUCCUCUACCUGCAGGAAAAUCAGCUCCACUUUCUGCAGGAUGACCUGUUCUCAGAUCUGGUCAACCUCUCCCAUCUCUUUCUGCAUGGAAACCGCAUCCGUGCCCUCUCUGAGAAUGUGUUCAGAGGCCUGGUCAACCUGGACCGCCUCCUUCUGCAUGACAACCGUGUCAGGCAGGUCAAUCGUCGGGCUUUCCGUGACCUGGGCCGCCUGACCAUCCUUUACCUGUUCAACAACUCCCUGGCCGAGCUGCCGGGCCAGGCCAUGAAAGACACCCAAGGUAUCCAGUUCCUCCGCCUCAAUGGUAACCCCUGGUCCUGUGGCUGUGAGGCUCGCCCCCUCUGGGAGUGGUUCCGCAAGGCUCGCAUCUCCUCCUCUGAGCUCAUGUGCACCUCCCCAUCCCAACGUCGCGGCCAGGACCUCAGAUUCCUCCGUGAGAUGGACUUCGCACUCUGCCCUCUGCCUGACCCUGGCUCUAUGGCAGGAGCCACCACGACAACCUUCAGCACCAAGACCCGCUGGUGGUUCUCCAAGCACAAGCCUGCAUCUUCAUCCAAGGUCUCGUAUCAGAAGAGCACCGAGGGGGUGAAGGCCUUCCCCUUCUCCGCCGGAAAGCCUCAGUACCUCCCCAAAAAUCCUUCAGAAUCCUUCUCCUCCAAGUAUGAACUGUCGGACGAGGAGGUGGCACUCCCCAAGCUGGACCCAGAAGAAUACUGGACCAACUAUGGCAAUGAAGAUGCCUCCAUCCGCUGCUUCGAGCUAGAGUGCCCCCCAGGCUUUGACAACCCAGCCUACCCCUCAUCCUCCUCCUUACCCAGCAACCUAUCCCUCCUCCACCUCCUCUCCCUCUCCAUAGUCACAUUCUCCUUCCAUCUUCUUUUUGGCUGAACUCCUCUCUCAUCCACUCCCCUUUUUCCCUUCUGAUUUCUCCCCUUGCUCUUUCCAACUCUAAGAAAAACCUGAAUCAUGAUUCCUUUCAGUAACCUCUUUGACUUCCAGGAGGUGCUACACUGACAUAGGAGACAGGCGAGGCAGCACGGAGCUGUUUUAUAGAGUAAAAAUCAGUAGAGUUGAUGUAGAGCAGGACAGGGUUUCCCUGUUGAAGUAGCUGCUGCUUAUUAGUACAGGCUUAAAAUAUCAGGAAUCAGAACAUUGAAACGGAUUCUGACAGUGACGGUACAAAGGCAGAAACCUACAACAACAUGAUGAAAUGAUAGAGACACAACACACACACAGCUGGUGGUGUCUUCAGAUGUUUUUUGAUAUCACAGCUGUAAACAACGCAGGCGUUGUGAUUCUUUGACAGCUAUUUUCUAUAUCAAGCAGUGCUCACAUUCCACUCACAGCUAACAUUAUCCCUCACAAAUUUAUUUUUGAUAUCAUGAAUAAAAGUCAUUUUAAGUAUGAGAAAUAUGUGGAUUAACACAGAUAAUAAAGUCUUGGGACGAAAAAAAUGAUGGAAAGAAUUACAAGGUGAAGUGAAAAGAAAAUCAAUAAAAAUUGAGCAGAGGGAGAUUAAGAUAUUCAUCUUAAAGCAGAAAAAGAUGACAGGAUCAUUAGAACUGCAGCCAAGAGCAGCUCUCCUCUCUCCUUCAGAUUCAAAAUCUUAUGUGAUCCCAGAGAUGCCAGAAAACUACCACCUCCCACACUUCUACAUACCCCUUAUCAUAACUGUAAAUACAUGCAUCCAAAACUGCUCUGUAUUUUAUACUAGAUUGGUUUUUACUUUUCAUCUUUGCACCAUUCAGUGAAUGGCAGCUUGUGGUGAUAGAAGAAAUACUUAGAUUGUAUCUAAAUGGAAGGCAAACAAAUUAAAUUUGGAAAAUUACUUUUUCCCCUCA